AUGCAUUAAUCAAAGAAUAAAAGGGAAUUUUUUAAACCUAAACUUAUAUAGGAAAUAAAAAAAAAGAGAAUCAAGGAAUUGCGUUCAAGCCCUAAUUGGGAACACAUUUAAUAAGUUGUUGAAAGCAUCGAAUAAACAACAUAUACAAUCAAUACGAUUAAGGCUCUUGAUGAUAAUAUUCUCAAAGCAUUGACUUUUAAAGAUUUUUGUGGAUCAGAUAUAGCUUAUCAUUUAAUAACAAAUUUUCAAUUUGAUCAAUUUAUUGAUAUACUAGGAUAAGCUGAGUCACUUUUUACUUCUGAUUUCAAUUAAGUUAUUCAGUCUGCCAUCAAAGGAAUUUCAUAAAUUAAAAAAGAAAAUAAUCACAAAAAGAUUUUGGCAUUUAUAAAAUAAUUAACAUCUAUUUUAAAUACACGAAGAGAAUCUGAAUAGGCUAAAGCAUUUAAAUUUAAUUUAGACAUUGUUGUAGGUUCAAGAUACAACUAUAUCAAGAAUCUUUGGGAAUUAAAAUUAUUGAUGAAUCUUUAUAAAUUGCUUGGAGAUUUUGAAUCUGAAAUAACAAAACUUAGCAUCAUCAAGAAAGAUCUAAAUAUUCACAAAUUACUCAAUUCGACGCAGCAGGAGAGAAGUUAAGUUUCUCAUUUAAAAAUUUAAUUGUAUUUUUCUGGAGAUGCUUAGAAUUAUAUAAAUAGUAUAUUAAUUAAGAAAAAGUGCUGGGAUCUGUUUUACAAGUCGAACGUCGACUCAAUUUUUAAACCUUUAUCAGAUGGAUUCACUUUGUAUAUGAGAUUAUUGAAGGCAGCUCCUUUUGAUGUAUUAGUAGAAUUUCAUUAAAUGCAUAAUUAAAUUAUUAAGGAUAGUCUCAACUCAUAACACAAAGGGACAUAUAACAUUUUACAUUGCAUUUCUGAAAAUAAAAAUCCAAUUAAUCAAGAAUUUAUAUAAAUAUUAUAGGAUUUGGAUUUAGGCGAUCUAAAGAGAUAGUCAUAUAAUCAACAAAUACCACUUGUAUUAUAUUUAAGAAUAUAAAAAUCAAUAAAUUAAAACUAUUUAAACUAUCUCUCUAAAGAUAUUAUAGAUUAAAAUCAUAAUCAAUAUGAAGGUUUAUAGCUAUUAAUAUCUUUAUAUACUAGAGGAAUGUAUUAAAAAUACGAUAUUGAAAAAAACAGAAAAAUUGUUAAAGGUUUUAAUAAUUACAAAAAGAAAGUAAAAUUAGUAAAAAAAUUUAAUAUGCGUUAUAAAAAAAUUAAACCAAGAUAUAAAUUGUCCAAAAGCGUAAGUGUAAAGUAAGACAAAUUUAGACAACAAUUAAGCACAUUUUCAGAUGAUAUUAAAAAUUGUGCAUAAAAUAUAUAUGAAAAUACUGCAGCAAUUCAUCAUAUUUAUUAUUUAAAAGGAAUUAAAUAGGACUUUAAUAUCACUCACUACAGCUUCUCUUUGUGUCACUUUGAUUAUAACAUUUCCAAAAUAGACUAGCCAUUAGCUAUUUGGAUUUAAGAUUCAACACUCUUAGAUUCAUUUUUAAAUUAUCUUGAAAAGGAUUUUUGUUCAAAUAUUAAUCAAGAAAUCAAGGAAGCCAUCGAAGCUCUAUUACUAGAACUAAAACAUUCAAUCUCAAUCGAUGAUUUAAUAAUUUAGAGAAAAAUUGUUAUCUUAAAUGCCUUAUUAAAGUAAAACAGAACAGAAUAAGAAAAUGCAAGGAUAAAAAGUUAAAUUUCUAAUUUGCUGAGUAAAAGUUAGGAUGGUUUCAGAAAAGUAUUCUGUAGUUAUUCUAAAUAUUAAACAUUUUAGGAUUAUUUAAUAUGCAAUGAUUUAAUUACAAUAGAAGCAUAUUAGGUUAAUGAUGCAUUUGAAUCUGUUAUAAACCUUCUUAGAUUGGGACACAGAAAUUAAAAUAAUAUUUUGGGAUUAGCUGAGAAAGUUGAAAAACUUUAAUAAUAUCCAUCUCUUCGUUCCUUGCUUUAGAUUUGUUUCUAAUAAAACAAUAUAGAUAAAUUAAGUAGAUUGGAUAAGUGGAAAAAUCAAACUGAAUUUCUAGAUAAUCUCAUUCAAUAAAAUUUUAUGAAAAGUAGUUUGCUUAAGACUCCUUAAGGAAUUGAACUCCUUUAUCAGUUUUCGGAUAAAUGCUUGCAUCGAGACUUAUUAAAAAAUGUUCUCUACAACUUUUAAGAGGCAUGUGUUCAUAGAUUCUUUUAAUUGUUUUAUGAAAUAGAAUCAUGGGAUUAUUUUGUAAAAAAGAAAUAUAGCGUUAAGUUAUUUCUCUGUCAUCUAACCUAAUAAUAAUUAGGAUUAGUAUUCAAUUAUCAAUUAAUGGGAAUGAGGACUGAAUUCAACUUCCGUUUAUUUGAAAAAAAAGCAACCACAAUUUAAGAAGAAAUUGUUUUAAGGUAAGUAAUUGAAAGCAAGAACUUUUUAUAAGUUUUGGUAUCAAAUGAUAAAUAUUCUGAAUUUCUAUAAGUUAGUUUAAAAUUUUAUCCUUUAUUUUAAGAAAGAGAUGGCACCGAUUAUGUAUUAGAGGCCUUAAAUAAUGAAGCUUAUAAAAAUUUGGCAAUCUUGGAAUAAUGGAUUUUUGAUAAUUUUGAUGAAUGCCAUAGUACGAAUAAAUACAAAAAUACUAUUUUUUCCUUUUUGAGACAUCAUAGUUUUUUAAUCUCUGGGGUAUUUGGGAAGACAAGUAAGAAGAUUGACAGAGUUAAAUUCAACAGGUAAAUCAAAAAUUAUUUUGACAUCUUCGAAAGAUAAAUUGAAUUGUAGAGGAAAUUAGAACAACCAAAUAUUUUCGAUUACAAUAAUCAUAAAAAAUUUAAUAAAUCCUUUAUUUGUUAUCUUGAUAAGGAAAACACUAUCCUAUUUUCAGAAUAUAUCAAACAAUUCUUUUAAAGCCAAAAGUCAUCUAGUCUGUUUCAUUAUAUUCGUAAUUCGGAAAACCCAGCUAUACCAGAAAUAAUACAUUACUGUAGGAAUAAAAGAAUAUGUGAGCAUCUUGAAUACUUGAAUUUAAUUACCAAGGAUGAAUCUGAGCUGAAAUCCAUUAUUCUAAAUCUUGAAAUGCUACAAAAGAGCGAAUAACAAGGAGAAGAAGAGAAUUCUGGUAUUCAAAUUAAUAAAUUCGUAAUUCUUUAUUAUCUAACUCAUUUUACAGAUUUAGAAUUUAUUAAACCUUACUUUUUGAAGUGUAACUAUCAUGAUAUCGGCUAUGUAUUUUAAAAGCUAUUAGAAAACAAUUAAUUUCGAACAGUAGAAUUCAUUUUAUUGAAUCAUAAAGGUAAAUUAAAAUAACCUUAAAUACAACUUUAAAGUUCAAAAGAUACUUACAUAAGAGCCUUAGGUUCCCAUUGGAGCAUAACUUUAACAACAAAUCAAUUCAAAGAUUUAGUUUAAAAUAACAAUAUCGAGAAUUAGGAGAAAGAGUAGAUCUUAGAGUUGUUAACCAAUUCUGGUCAUUUUGAAAAAUUAGAGUAUGUCACUAAUUGGAUUAAUAAUAAUAAUUAAUUAAUAGAAUUAACUUCUAUAGCCUGUUCUCUUUUAGUUAAAGAAUAUAUUUUGUAAAAUAAAAAAUUUAACAAUUCCAAUAUUCCAGUAUUUAUGUAUCAGAAAACUUCAAUGAACUAUACUUUAAGCAAAUUAAUGAAUUAAUCCAUUGAAACUCCUUAUUUAUAAACCUAUCGACUUGGAACAGCGAAGGUGCUCUAUAACUUAGUGUGUGAAAGAGAUGUUGAUUUAACAGAAUAUUAUAAGAAUUAUCUUUUAUUCUAGAUUCUUUUCCCAAACACAAAAUGGACUUUUGAUAAUAGGGAAUGUGAAAUGGCUACUUAAUUUCUGUGUUUAAUAGAAUUAAAUUUGUUGAAAUAAAAUUGGACAAACUACAUAGAAAUUAUCCUAAAAAAUGCUGUCUUUUAUUAUGAAGCUAUAUUUGACUUUUCAACAGUUUUAUAAUCUAAAAGAAAUCCUUAAUCAUGGCAAUCAUUAAAAAACAUGGUUGACUAAUUGAUACCAAUUUAUGAAAGCAUAUCUAAAGAGAGUCCAUCCACUAACAAAUUAAAAUAAAUCUAAACUUUCAUGAAUCAAACUAGAACUGAAAAAGUUAAAAAAAAUAAUUUUGCUAAAUAACUUGAAUAGCACUUUGAAGAUAUCUAGUUUUAGAAUUUAGAAUUAAAUACCAGAUAAGCAAAUAUUUAUUAUGGACUCCCGUUUGAGAGUGGAACAUUCAACGAAGUAGACUUAUAUGUAGCUCUUAUGGGUAGAAACUAAAAUUCAAUUCUAAAGCUACUCAAAAAUUCAAGUAUUCCUAUUGCAACUUUAUUAAAUAAGUAUAAUGUCAUUCAAUACUUAAUCAAGCAUGGUAAUGAAGACACAGUUAUUGAAGUAUUAAAAUUACUAACAAGCAGUGAAAUAUAUGAAUCUCAUUUCUUUCAUCAUGGUUUACCUUUGCUCACAUAUAUUGUAUUUAAGAAAUGGUAUAGACUAUAUAACUUUGCUUAAAAUUAUCUAAUUAAUUAAUGGACUUUAAAGCCCAAGAUAAUUGGAUAAACCAUUAAAGGCUAACUUUAAGAAUUAACUAUCCAUCAAUUUGCUUAAUUAAAUUCAUUCUAUGUUUAUUUCGAAUUACCAAUAUAAAAGCAAUUAAUUCUAAGAACUAGCUAAUUCUUAAUACCAAAUUCUCAUAACAUCUAACUCAAAGCCUAUAGGGUUUAUUCAAUACUCAAAAUCAUGUUCAACAGUAUGCCAUUAAGGAAACUUGAGAUUAUUAGUUUGUUAUGUGUAUAAAUUAAAGAUGACACAUAAAUCAGUUUGGAAAAUUUGUUUAAGAAGUUUGGCAAAAAUUAACUAAUUGAAGACUUAUUUUUAUCUAUUUAUGACAAUUAGAAGAAUGACAAAAAGGAACUUGUUUUAGAUCUAAUGAGUGAAUUAGGACUUAGCUGUUCAAUAUAAUUAGAUCAAUUUAACGAAGCUCAACUAGAAUGGCUCUACAAAUAAAUAUAUCAUAAGUAUGGCCAUUAUCAUUUCUUGAUUGAAAAAAUUACAAGAUUAGCUCCAAAUUCCUUUAUAAAUAAUGAUAUCUUAAAUUGUCCUAAAUUAGCAUUGAUUGUGGCACAACAUGGCAGGUUUGAUGCCUUGUAAAAUUUAAUUGAUGUUUAAAAUUUUGGAUAAAAUUAUACAAAAUUAGUAUCAGCACAUUUCAUCAAAAUUAUCUUGAUGGUAAAAUAUGGAUAGAAUUUUGAUCCAUUAAUUGAGCCUAAGGAAAUAGAAGAUAUCCAUUUGAAACAUUAUGUCGAUGCCUUAGAUUUUAUUGAAUCUGAUCAAUAAGGCUCUAUUAGUAUUUAGUUUAUGAAUCAACUCAUUCCCAUACUACAUGUUGAAAAUUCAUCGGUCUAAUACAUUGAUAAAUUUUAUGGAUUAUUUAAAUCUGAAAGUAGCCAAAUCAAAAAGGCUUUCAAAAUUAUAAUCAGGUUGAAGGAAUUCAAUUAUGAACUCUAACAAAUAGAGUUGAAUGCUAUUGCUAAAUGUGAUUACUUAGUGAAAAAUUUCAAGUUCUAAUUCGGAGAGAAAUUUGGUUUAGUUUAAAGUGGUUAAUCCUCUACAAUUGUAAUCCCCUUUGAUUAUUAAGAAAAUGAAUUAGAGCUGUUUUUGAAUGGAUUACCUUGUUUUUAUAAAGAUUUAUAUGAAAAUGCAAUUUCAAGUAAGGCAUUUGAGAAAAAGAUAGCCAUAUUCAAGAAAAAGGAAAAACUUAUUAUCAAAUUUGAAGAUAAGAAUUUAUCACCAUUUUAUAACGAUUUAAGAUUUUUACUGCCUCUAUUAAAGGAAUAAAAAUAACCUGCAGAUAGUCUAGAAUAUAAGAAUGAGUAUCAGAUUAAAGGUUGGUAGCAACUCUCAAAGAAAGAUCAUGAUGAUUAUUGUUUUGUUUACACAUCAGAUGUUAAAUUCUCAUAUGAAUGGGCUUAAACCAUUUUCUAUUAAGAACCUUAGAAAUCAGAGUACUUUUAAAAAUAUCAAAAUCAAAUAUUAAUUUUCUUUAAUGGCAAAACAAUUUUUAAUUAAGUAGAAAUCUAAGAUUAAUUAAGUAAUUCAUUAAAAUAUUUACUCAACCUUUCAACUUAAGGGUUAGAUUUAAAGUGUAUAAUAGAAUUAGAAUCAUUUAUGAAAGUAUUCUUUAUGAACAAAAACCUCUAUUCUGUUUACAAUAAUUGGUAUAAUCUAAUAAAUGCUAUAUCCACAUAUCCAACAUUGAUAGCAACUUUAAAACACAUUUUAACUUAGGUUUGUCAAAUCACAAGUAUGUUCAAUUAAAAUAGCGACAAUAAUUAAAUAAUUGUAAAGUUUGAAACAACUGAUAAUCAAGGAAUAUCACCUAAAAGUCACUAUUUGGAUGAUUAUUUCUCUUUUUGCAAACCUUCUAUUUAUUUAGAGAAGGAGACAAUUGUGGUUACAAUUCCUGUGAGUGAAAGUGGUAAUAAAGGAGAGCGACUAACUUAUUUAGAGGAGAUUUUUAAUGCAAGUGAUUUAGAUUAAUUUAUCAAAGAGUAAUUUUCAUUAAAAGAUAAUUUGGAUGCUUUGAUUUUGAGAUAUUAAUUGGAGGAAACUGCUAAAUAAACUUGUGAAUAAUUUAGAUAAUUGAACAAUUUUGAUCUAUUAAUUAAAUUGGAUAGGAAUGAUAUAAGAUAAUAAAUAGAGAGUUUUAAUUAUGAAUAAUAAUUAGACUACUUAAUUAAAUUCCAAACAUAUUUUAGAUGGACUUUGAAUUUAGAUUUGUAAAAUUUUAUAGCUGGUAACAGAUUCUCUUAAUUCUAUAAGGAUAGUUUAUGUUCUGGUAAAUAUCUUACGAAGCCAUUAGAUAUUGGAAAUUUCUCUUAAUUUAAUGUUAAUUCGUUAAAGAAUAGUUUUGGAAUCAUAUAAAAUAAAGAAUAAUUUUUAACAAAUGUAAAAAAGAAAAGAAUCUAUCAUGUUUUUUAUACAAAACACAAUAGAAAUCAUGCUGUUUUUUGUUUGUUUGUGAAAUCAAUUAAGGAUAGAAACUAUUUUAUUUAACUUGAUCAGUUUAAACUCAAAAAAAAAUAUAAUAAAAAGACUAACUUAUAAAUUAAAAGUGAAUACAUAAAAGGAGCUAUUUAUUACACUUAUGAGUAUGACAAAUAAAUCUCGAAAUAGAAUGAAAAAUUAGUACUUAUUGAUUUCGAGGGUCACUAUUAUUUGAAUUAAGAUGUCAAUUUUGCAAACUAAAUUGAAGAUCACACAACACUAUCUGACAAUAUCAAAGUUACUAAAUUAUGUUUUAACCUUUCAUUUGACAGAUCAAAUAUUGGUUAAAAUGUGCUCUACUUUAAUUUAAUUGAUUUCAGAUUGAAGGAUUAUUUGGAAACAUCAAGCAUUUAAUAGGACAAAUCUUAUGAUUUAUAAGAAUUAAAGGUAGAUAAAAGUUAAAUUAGGAUUGAUCCUCAAUUAGCUGAAUAUAAUGGAUAUGAUGAUAAAGACAAUAAGAAGGAAAAAUUGGACAAUAAGAAAUUAAAUAAAAUGCUUUUAACAAUUCUAUCUAAUGUUUCUGAUCAUGACACAACUCCAAUCUAAUUUGAAAUUCCAAACUAGAAUACAAAAUUAAAUGAUGAAAACCUGGACUCAUUAACAGAUUAUUGUAAGUAGUAUAGAAAAUAAUAAUUAUAAACUCGUGCUGGAGAAUUUAGAAAAGACAAGAUUAUGUUUUAUGAUUGUUUAAAUAACCUCAUAAGAGAUAAAAAAGUGAUUAAUGAUAUUUAAUGCUAUAUUUAGCAUGAAAAGUUUAAGGAAUUAAUUCAUCAUCCAGAGGUUUCUUUCGAUGAUGGAGUAUGCUUAUCUUGGACUCCUUAUAUCAAAGGAAAAUAUGAUGUAUUUGUGAAUGGUCAUUUAAUGAAUUUCAAGUUUUCUGUUAUGGCUUCUAAGUAGAUCUAGUCAGAAAAAUUCAAAUUAAUAAAAGAUGAAUCAGAAUUUCAGUACUUUGUUGAAAAAGAUUUACGAUUCGAAUUAUAUGACAUCUAUAACAAUUUAAUAACAAGGUCAGAUGAAUUGUCAUCUGCCUUAUCGGUUCAAGUUAUGAAUUCUAAUUUUACAGUGAAAAAUAGAUGUGAAUACAAUGACAGUGGUUGUGUAUUAUACAUAUAAUUUUGCAAUUACGCUAAGCCAGAUGAUAAGGUUGAUGAAUGCAAAUUGGAAAUAAAUUUAGACCAACAAACCAUUAUACAAGGCAAAAUAGUCCAGAUCAAACCAUAACCAUUGAGUCAAAAGAGAAUCGAUACAUUUUCAUCUAAGUUCACUUAUAGAAAUUCAGUUUAAUACUUAAUAAUUAGAGCAAACUUCCUGAAUUCAUUAGCUUAGAUGGAUAAUCAUAUUGGAUAAAAGAAUCUAAAGUUCAGUUUCCUAUAAGAGGUGGCAAAUGACUAGGGAGGACCUUGCCGAGAAUUCUUUUGUUUAUUCGGUAGGAACCUUAAGGAUCCUUAAAAUAAUUUGUGUCUCCAAACUCAUAUGAUUGGCUAUUAUUACUUGAAUAAGGGCAUACUUUUAUUGAAUGAUUCAAUAACUUUCGCAAUUGGUAUGUUGCUGGCUUAUGCAAUUGCAAAUAAACUAAAGGUUGGAAUAUCUUUUGCUCUGCCUUUUUGGAAGAUAAUUUGCGAUUUACCAUUAGAGUUUGAUGAUUUAAGUUGUGUGGUCGAACCACAAAUCUAUUAGAGUUAUCAGUAUUUACGAAACUUAAAAGAAGAUGAGUUAUUUUAAUAAGAUAUUUACUUUGUGAAUCAAUCAGAUGAAGCCGAAUUAUGUGAGAAUGGUAAAACCAAGAAAGUGGAUUGUAGCAAUCUAGAAGAAUACUUAAAUUUAUCUGCUCAGUAUAUACUUUAACGGUAGUAUGAUAAGGUUUUUAAACAACUCAAAAGAGGAUUCCAGGGAUAAUUUGAUGCCAAGUUAUUGAUCUAGAACUUUGCUCUCUUCGAAAUUAAUCAAUUGAUUGACAUCAUAGAUUACUAAAUCAACAAAGAAAAGUUGUUGAAGUGCAUACAUUUCUCCAGGAAAAACCAAAUAAAUGAAAACUACUUUACUUAAUAUAUAAGCGAGGCAGAUUAAGAGAAAUUAGAGCAUCUCUUGACAUUUGCUACAGGCAGUAAGUAUAGCAAUUUUGAGAACUUUAAGAUAGAAAUACAGACUAAUUUAGAAUUCCAAAAAAAUAGACUUCCAGUAUCUAGGACAUGCAGUAAUGUUGUAAUAAUUCCAUAAUAUCCUACUUAUGAUGACUUCAAAGCAAAAAUGGAUAUGGCAUUAGAUUGGGGACUAGAAUUCUUUGGUCAAGGUUGA